ACGAAUGUCAUUGUCAUGUGUCAACUGUCACAUGAAAUCUAACCUAACAAUGGUUUGAAAAUAUACACUUUUAAGUAAUAAAACAGUAAUGUUUUACGUUUUAACUUAAAUUGUAUUAACCUAAAAUAAUCGACUAACGCCACCCGAGAUGGGUGCUUUAGUGACAAAAGCGUUAAGACCUAUAAAGACAUUUAAUGUGGAGAAUCGUGCACAUAAAGUUAUUUCGAAGGAAAAACCUACACCGGCGCCACUCUAUCCGUCUACAAAGGAAGAUUUAAAACGUACAUUAGCAGCGGUACCCGACAUAGAUGAAAAACUAGAUAAAAAAGACCCAGGGCUUGAUGACAGAUUGAAAUCCGUUUAUGUAACAUCUUAUGGCCGUCCCGAGGAUGACAUUACGAGAGAAAAAAUCCAGCAAAAUCCAAACCGACCGCUACCGAAGAACAGAUCACAAGUUCCAGAAUUCGAAAUGGGUUGGAAUGAACCGGAAGAAGUGCCUUAUGGACGUACAACUUUACGAAAAGCCUUAGAGUUUAUUGAAUCGCAUCAGAUGAAUCCCACAGAGGUCACAGCAUCGAAGAUAGCUUUAGAAUAUAAACUGAAAGGGGAAGAUGUUGAAGCAAUAUUAAAAUACUUUAAAGCAUAUGAAAUUUAUAUUCCGGAAACAAAGAAAUCUGCGGCAAGAUUUGCUGGUCCCACUAAUUAUAGAAGAAAGCAGCUCCAAGAAAACAAAAUUAAAGAAUUAGCUGGUGAAAGUGAAAUUAUUGACGAGAAACAUGAUAUUCCAGUUAAAGACCAAGCAAAAAAUAACUAGUAAAUUAAUGAAAUAUGUAACUAAUAUAUGAAAGUUCAAAUAAAGUAAAGUCAAACCUAGAUAAGUGAGAAAUCUUGAUAAAGGAGUGUCGUCCAGUCUCAACUGAGACCUCCAUAAGUGAGAAUCGGGUUAGAAAGAAAACAUAAUGGUCCCUUGGACUCUAGCAUCCAGGUUUUGACUAUUUAUGUUGGGUGUUUAUGAUUAGUUAAUUUUGCUUAUUUUGAAAUUUUAACAAUGUAUUAAAUAAAAUUAUGUUUAUUUCUGAAUGUAGUUACAAUAAGCUAUGUAGGUAAUGUAGUGAAUCAACAUCUGUGAUGUUAAUAUAAAUUCUGAAAUUGAGUUUUCACUGUAGUAACAAAUGUAAAAAAACAUGUCACACUUUUAUUAUCUUUGAAAAGCACAAAGUUCAAUGGAAUUGAGUAAAUGUUACAAGUUAUGAAACAUUUUUCAAGAUGAUGUGUGUCAACUAUAACAGCAUUAUAAAGAUAUAUUUGGUAUAAUUUGUCAUUUUGAUUAAUUUCACUAUACAAUGUAUUGGCGAAAAUUUAAAUUCAAGUAUUACAGAAAAUUACACAUAUGUUUAUGAAUUUGACUUUUUCAAUUGCUAAAUAAAAAACCUUAUGACUUCCAAUGUUUAUAAAAUAUACUUGUUUAAUUAUUUAUAAACAAUAAAAAUAUGAAAUAU